CAUUUGUUUCAUUUAUAGAGUUCAUUAAUGCCUACUAACGUGUUGAAAAACCCUAAUAUGCUCGAAACCUUUUUCGAUUACGAAAGCAGCUGCACCCUUUAUCGUUUAAUGAGUUUUUAGCCUAAGAUCUUGCUUGAAAUUAUGGUUUUUAUGCACUGAAGGUCGAGUGGAACAAGAGUUUUUGAAGGAUUCGGGAUUGCAAAUUCUUGUUUUGCCGGGGCUGGGAAAUCUGCUUAUUCUGAUUUGCCUUUUCUGAGGUAGAAAAUGUCUAGUAAGAAAGAAGAGAAAGCUCAGGUGGCAGCUGAGAGAAUCAAGGCUGCCGCUUUGACUGCUGCAAAGGGUCUUAGCCGUGCUCAGGCCGAACGAGCGGCUGCAGCUGCAGCCCGGAAUAUAAAUGCUUAUGGACAGAAGGAGGAAGGACCAAGCCGUUGGCAGGAAAGGAAAGAAGCCAAGCGUCAGAUGUAUCUAAUGAGUACAGAGAAGGCAGUGAAAUUGGGUGAAAGGAAAGACCUUAAACCCUCGGUUUCUUCCAUGGGUGGAACAUCUUCCCAGUGCCAGAAGUGUUUCCAGACUGGUCACUGGACGUAUGAGUGCAAGAAUGAACGGGUUUACAUCUCAAGACCCUCUCGGACGCAGCAACUUAAAAACCCUAAACUGAAGAUGAAGCUAUCAGUCUCUUACGAAUUGGAUAACCCUGAUAUUCAGAAGGUCCAGAAGGGUGAAAAGAGUAGCAAGAAAAGUAAGAGGAAGCAUCGAUCUGAUUCUGACUCGGAAAGUGAGGAUAGCGAGGCUUCUGUUUUUGAAACCGACAGUGGGUCAUCAUCAGUGACAGAGUCAGAUUAUUCUUCUGAUGAGAGCAGUUCGAGUUACAGUUCAUCAUCAGAUUCAGAGGAUGAGCGAAAGAGAAGGAGAAGGACGAAGAAACAGAAGAAGAGAAGGCACAAAAAGUAUAGCUCAUCAUCUGAUUCCUCCGACUCAGACUCAGCAUCUGACUCUGAUUCUGAUUAUAAGAGUAGCAGAAGGAAGAGUAGAAGGCACAGCAGAAGGCGCUAAGUGAAAGUUGAAACAGCCACAGAUGAAAUAAGAUGCAAUGUGAUGAACUAUGGUAAUAAAGUUAACCUUAUAGCGUACUUGUGUUUAUGGCUUAUAUCUUUACUUGCUGUUCGUGCUUCCUUGUCAUAUGGUUCAUAUCUAACAGCAAGGGCCUUGAACAGGAUGUGCUUGCUCAUGAAGCUUUCUAAGUUAAGCAUGUCCUGGUUGUUUUGCCAAUGUGUACUGAAUGUAACGGAUGAGAAAUACCAUUGAGGAUUGUAUUGCAUUUUGUUCUCUGUGCAUUUUCUGGAUUUUGAUUUUUCUUGGCCAUGUAAAUAGGGCAGUGAUGCUGUCUGUGAUUGACAGUUGCUAAGUCAGACAUUUACCUGAUAUAAAGAAUAUGAUAUGUUUCUAGGAUUGUUAUAA